AUGUAUAGUGCCUGUCGAUUUUUAAGAACAUAUUCUUCGACUAUCAAAAACAUCAAUAAUGAAGAAUUACAAAUUUUAAAAAAAAAACUAAGAUAUAAAUUUAAAAGUGUUGGUAUGCUUGAACUGGAUACGCUAAUAAAUAAUUACAUAAAUUCGAACAUAAAUACAAUAGAUAAAGGGAGAGAAAAGUUGUUAUAUAAUUUAAUGGAAAUAAAUACUGUCGAUUUAUUGAAACUCUUUUAUUUUUAUUCAGAUAAAAAUAAUAAUGACCUUGGAAAAUUAUCAGAAUAUUUAAAAGAUAAAGAUGAACAGGAAGUUAAAAAUACAUUCAAAUUGUUAACUGACAUUUUACAUAAUAAUGAAAAUACAAAAAAAAGUUAA